CAAUACACUUUCGAAUUUGGGUUUAUCAGUUUUUGGCUCUCUUCCAAAAAUUUUAAUCUUUAUCCAACGUUUGACUCCCUAAAUUACACUUUCGCCCUUAAAACUUUGCCUUAAUUACUUCUUCAACCAGCCGAAGCCUCUUUUUUUUUUUCUUUUUUUUUUUUUUGUCGUUCAACCGAUUACUUAGAAGAUCUGCUGCAUAAGUACAGCUUUAACAGAUUCAUUUUUCUUUACCAAUCAAAAAUUUGAAAUUGAAAUUAGGUUAAUGAAUUCAUAGAUGCAAGGUUUCUUCUUGAAACUGAAAACCAUUUUGUUUCAAGGUCGUUGCUUGCACCUUUGAGCAUUGAAUUGCUUGCUAUUUUUGUUAUGGAAACUCAGAGGCCUCUUCGCCUGCCCAAUUCCUUGUUCGUUGGACUUGUCUUGGUAUUCUUCUCUGGCAUUGGUUUUUGCAUCCAUUCUUCUGCAGUUUCAAGCGAGGUGGGAAGCUGUGAUGCAAACUAUGAUGAUAGUGACUCAAAGAUCAGUGCCUUUUGUAGUUUCAAGAAGUAUAUUAUGCAAUCUUAUUAUGCAAAAUAUGAAAACUUGUUAGAUUCAGAUUUCCAAGUUUUUAUAGGACAAGAACUUCCUUUUGGUAUGUGUGAGGUGCUUCCCCAUGAUCUGAGUCUUGUGCUAAAACUCUCAAUUUUGCAUCGGAAUCUGAUAGGCCAUGGUUCUCAUCGUCAUCUCACUUCAUCCAUCAGAGUUAAUAUCAAACCAGAGUCCAUAUCUGAGUUACCAACUCAUCAUUGUGAGGUCAUAAUCAUUGAGAGACUGCCAUCUGGGGUAUUUGCAGAUCCAUUUGAGCUUCAACAUCUCCUUCAGCGUGGUGUAUAUAGCAAUAUUGCUGUAUUUGGAGAUACCAAUUUAGAGUCUCCUUCAUUUCUUUCCAAUCGUUCUGCUGUCGAAGUUCACAUGGAUAUUGGUCAUAAUCUCUUUCUGAGACAUGCUGAAGAGUUUAACAUCAACGUAGAGAUUCCAUUACAUGCACGAUAUCCACCUCUUAGUGAAAACGGCUAUUGGGAAGUCAAGUUUGGUGUACCUGAUUUGUUCAUGCGUUGCAGUGUUGAGGGAAAGUCACAUGAUGAAAGCUGUUUAUAUAAGGUGUCAGAGAUUACUGGUUCUAAAUUAACAUAUGGUACAGUUGUCUGGAAAAUACCUUCUGGGAUGAAGGUGCAUGCUGGAAUUGUAUCCAUUUUCACUUUUGUUGCAGCCUUAUUUUCAGCUAUUUUAAUUGCUGCUACAUCCAUAUUUUAUUCAGACAUCAACUCGAGCAAACAUUUGAAAGAAUCUUAAUUCAUUAAACAAGUUUGUUGCUUUA